AUUUGCAGUUUUUCAGUGAAAAAAAAAAACAGUGCCCUGCGAUGGCCAUCCCCAGGAUCAUGGUCUUCCGACCGACCUGGGAAGAGUUCCAGGACUUUCCCGGCUACAUCGACUACAUGGAAUCGAAGGGAGCGCACAAGGCUGGUCUUGUGAAGGUAAUUCCUCCCCCUGAGUGGAUCCCCCGCAAGCAGGGCUAUGAUCUGAAAAACAUCAACGUCACCAUCAGGACUCCGAUAUCGCAGGUCGUUUCCGGCAUGCAGGGCCUAUACCAGCAGCUCAACAUCCAGAAGCGCUCGAUGAAUGUCCAAGAGUUUUACGAUAAAACCCGUCAGGAACGGCACGCCACACCGAAGCACUUUGACUACGAAGAUUUGGAGAAAAAAUUCUGGAAAAAUGUGACCUAUGUGGCACCGAUCUACGGAGCGGAUGUGCCCGGGAGUAUUACUGACUCGGAUGUUAAGGUGUGGAACAUCAACUGCCUGGGGACGAUCCUGGACUAUGUCAAUACGGAUUAUAACAUAUCGAUAGCGGGAGUCAAUACGGCGUACUUGUACUUUGGAAUGUGGAAGACCACGUUCGCUUGGCACACCGAAGAUAUGGAUUUGUAUUCGAUCAACUAUCUGCACUUUGGGGCACCGAAAACGUGGUAUGCAAUUCCGCCGGAACAUGGAAAAAAGCUUGAAAAGUUAGCGGAACGAUACUUCCCUGCAAAUUAUCAGGAAUGCAAAGCAUUCCUGAGACAUAAAAUGACCCUAAUCAGUACGCAGGUCCUGAAGCAGAAUGGCAUUCCGUUCAACAAAAUAACACAGGAACCAGGGGAAAUCAUGAUCACGUUCCCGUACGGGUACCACGCAGGAUUUAAUCACGGCUUUAACUGUGCUGAAUCGACAAACUUUGCCACGGAACGGUGGAUCGAGUACGGAAAGCGAGCAUCGGUUUGCAACUGCCGGCCAGAUAUGGUGAAAAUUUCGAUGGAAACCUUUGUCCGAAGAUUCCAGCCGGAACAGUACGAUGGGUGGCUGCGAGGGGAAGACUACGGGUACCAUCCGGAAGAUCCGACCAAUUAUUGCGCCGCACCCAAACCGAGGGUGUUGCCGAAGAAUCUAAAAAAAAUGCAAGAACAACUUCAGAUGCAUGCUCAAAAGCGAGGUUGCGCUCCUAUAAAAGUAGACAAAAAAAAAAUCUGCAAAAAAGCGGAAAAGUCAAAAGAGAAAGAGAAAUUGAAAUCCAUCUGGAGCCAACUGGAGGGCAGGGAAAGUGGUAUGGCCACCAAUCUGCUCCUGGACGGUCCGGUCAAGAACACCAACAGAAUUCGUUUUCAAACGAAGACGAUCCACCUGUUGGACGAUUGAUCUUCGUCGUCGCUGUCCCAGGGUGGGAUCCCACCACCGCGACAGCAGCAAUAGAGUGCAAUUCGUUUUACCUACAGAUUUUUAUUUGAUAGGUAAAGCUCACUACUUAGCCUUGAUGGCAAGUGGUUUCGCACAUAAUGCUAGUAGAUGUAUCCGGUUUGUUUGCAUUGGUUUUAAGGACAUUUUGCGAUCUAAAUGCCAUUGUACGAUGUAUGGUAGAUCUCAUUUUUGUUUUGUAUUUUAGAGUGAACUCUAUGGUAGGUUCUAAUACCUGUUUAUUGUGAAUUGCCGAGUGGAUUUUAAUGCGUUUGUGUAAGAAAAUAACUGAUAGGCUAUAGUAAUAUAUUAUUAGAUAAUAUUUUUCCCCUUCCAGAA